GCGCAUGCGCACCAACCUCAGCUCCACCCGGAAGUGCGUCAGAGCGCGCCAGAGAUGGAGGGAGUUUGAGAUGGACUUUAUUUUUCCCUCAAAUUAGAUGUUUUCUGAACUUAUUCUCCUGUAUUUUGCCGGAAAACGCAAUGUUUGUAUUUCGCACAACAGCUGAAGUCAUAUUCUGAAGUUAAAGGACUGGACUGGGCCGAUGAUGUCAUCAGAGGCAGAUGUGCGUGUGGCUCCUGAACCGCUGCGGCUGGAUCCGGUGCGGACCGCAGAACUGGUGUGCUCUGAUCUGGACCUGUCUGUGUCUGUGACCCCGGAGCGACCCGCAGACCGCCGUCAUCGCCAGGUGCGGACACACUCUGAUGAUGCUGGGGGCUUCUGGGAAGACUGCGGACUGAUGUUUUGUGUGUUUGUGCCGUCAAGUGAUCACAGAGUUAACUGGAGAUCUGCAUGUGUUGGUUAUUCAGGACAUGAAUCAGGUCUGGUGACGGAGGGGGCGGAGCUAAACACCACCCUGGCUCUGAGGGCGGAGCUUGAGGAAGUGGAGAGCCAGGUGUUUGAUCCUGAGAGAGCUGUGAAAGAGAAGCUCCAGAGCUCAAGCCUCACGAAGAGCCUCAUCAGCAGCCGAGCAGCCGAGGGCCUGAACUUCCCUCGCUCUCAGCACCUGUACCGGGCCUUAGUGAGCGUCAGCCUAUCACGAGACCAACUCAUCAGCCAGGCGCUGCAGGAUAGGCCAGCGCUGGCCCCGCCCACCGCCACGCUGACCAAUAAAUUCACGUCUCAGCCACUAGAGGCUCCUGAUCUGCUGCACUUCUUCAGUCCAGACAAGAUGCUCAGAGAGACUCCGCUGUUGCCAGGCGACCGCAUCCCUAUGCCCCGCCCACGGCCUGCACCUAGACCCGCCCACACAACCUUUCACCUCCAUCAUCAGCACAAACUCUGGGAGUCAUGAACUGAACUCUGUGUGUGUGUGUGUGUGUGUGUGAGACUCAUUUUGUAAGUUUUAUGUAGAUUAAUGUAUUGUUUUUUUAGCUUAAUGUGAAUUAAUAUAAUAGCAAUAAAUCAGGUUAUUUCAGUUUAA